CGGGACUGACUGUGCGUGCGUCUCCCUGUCGGGCACCCGCAGCAUCAGCAACACAAAAGGGUCGGAGCUGCCGGAGCUUUACCUCAGCGCUGAUCACAAGGAGGAAUCGCGUUGGGGGAAAAAGAGAGAAGACGACAGGGCAAAUUCCAGCCCUUCAGACGGCUCUUCGGGAAAAAGAAGAAGAGGGAGGCCAAAGGGGGCUUUGAUGGAGCAGAGCUAAAGGCGAGUUUUUCUACCGGGGAAGUGUGCAAUGGAGUUGUAUCUGACAAUGAGGAGUCCAGUCAAAAUCUGAGGGAGUUGAAUCCCAUUGGAUCACGAGCCCUCUCACACGACAGCAUCUUCAUUCCCGAGGAGCCGGCGACCGAGGCUGGUCUAGAUCACAGCAUGUCCCAGGAAAACGUCUCGGAUAAAGUCAGGAAUUUGCAGAAGCAGAUAGCACAAGGUAUAAAGUUUGGCCAGAGACCUCCUUCUUUAAGGAAAAGUGAAGGGGAUGAGGGAAGUUCGGAUGAGGAAGAGGUUCCCCGGAGUCCUCUGAAGGUUCUGGCCCAGGUAGAAGUCGGCCAGCCAAACACAGAGCCAAAGCCGGUCCAGGGGGCUCAUCAAGCCGGAGCGCACAGCACCCCGGUGAAGUCACUGAGGUCCAAACGAUUUCUUUCGCCCACUGGUACCAUCGAGUCCAUCAAUCUUGAUGCUGUUCCACAGUCUAUUCCUCGCCUAGACAACACCGCUGCCAAGCAUAAACUGUCAGUCAAACCGAAAAACCAGAGGAUUUCCCGCAAACACAGACGGUUUACACAGGACCUCCAGGAAGUUGAUAUUCCUGGUGUGGUGCAAGAGGACCUGGAAGCAGCAGGCGUCUCCACAGAUGACCAACGCAGAGCAUCUGUCGAGUCCCUGGAAAGCUUCAAGAGACAGAGACUCCAUGAGGAGGAGAGACAGGAGACGAGGAGGAGGAGGGAGCUGGAGGAGCAGAGGCGACAACAGGAGGAGGAGGAGAGGAGAAAGAGAGCAGCAGAGGAGCUGAGGAUGCGUCAACUAGAGGAGGAGAGGUGUCGUAAACAGCAGGAGGAAGAAGAGCGAAAGUUUAGAGAAGAGGCAGAGUGGAGGAGGAUUGAAGAGGAGAGAAGAAUUAAAGAGGAAGAGGAAAAGAGGCGACGAGAAGAGGAAGAGCGGAUGCGAAUGGAAGAAGAGGAAAGGAAGAUGCGGGAGGAGGACGAACGCCAACAGCGUGAGGAGGAGGAGAGGAGACGAAUUCAGGAGCAGAGGAGGAAGCAGAAGGAGGAGGAAGAAGCAAAGAAGCAGCAGGAGCUCGAGGCUGAGAGGAAGAGGAAGCUAAGAGAGGAGGAAGAGGAGAGGAAGAAAAAGGAGGAAGCGAAGAAGCUGAGGUUGCAGGAGAUUGAAGAAAAUAAAAAGUUGGAAACAGAGAGAAUGAGGAAGGAGGAGGAGGAGCAGAGGAAGGCUGAGGAGAUGCGCUGGAGGGAGAUGGAGGAGAGACAGAGGCCUUUCUCUUUCAAAGUUUCCUCUGGAGAAAAACAGAUUUUGUUCCAGAAGGUCAACCUGACGCCUGUCACCCCGGCGUCCAGCUACCAGAGCAGUGCUGCCUCUGAGCAAAGAGAGAGCUCUUCCUCAUCUGAAGGACCAGAAUCCCCUAACCUGCCAACGUCACCAUUCGUCCCCCACACAGCCAUCCUAGUGACGGGCGCCCAGCUCUGUGGGACGGCUGUCAAUAUGGACCAGAUCAAAGACAGCGCCUGCAAGUCUCUGCUGGGUUUGGGAGAGGACAGAAAGGCCCAGGGAACACCGCCGACCAAGAGCAAGACUUCACCGGACCGCAAGUCUGGCAAAACCAAGUCCCUCAACGAGUCCUCUCUCUCUACAGACCAGUCCGUCUUGGCAGAAUGGGUGAGCAUCAGAUCAAAGAUAUUCAAGGGGGUGGAGGAGGGGAAAUACGACGAACACUCAGAGUCGAGCAAGACCCAGCCUCAUCCCAGCAGUGAAGACUCGCCUGCGUUCUCCCACACCAACCUCAGGAAGACCAUGUCUGCCAGCGCCAAGUUCUCUAUCACUCCUGCGAAGAAGAAGUUUGGAGAUUCAAACAGAAACUCUGAGGUGUUUGGUGCCGAGGAAAAGGAAGCAGGAGAGGAGGGUACUUCGUCUGAAAGCCCCAUCCCAGCCUCCCCGGCUCAAACCAGCAAACCUCAGAACAGGACGAGUAAAACUGUACGAAUCGUAGAAAGAGGGUCAGAGGAAUGUAUGUUUGCCAAAGACCUCCCCUCUUUCCUAGUUCCUAGCCCUGGAGCUAAAACUGAGGCAGUAGAGUUAAAGAGCAGGGGUCACAGUGAGACCGGGGUGUCUGAAAGUGGAGAGGAGGGAGAGGAGCUAGGCCAGGACAGCGAGGACAAUCCUUCACCUUUCGGCAUAAAGCUGAGGAGGACAAACUUUUCCCUCCGCUUUCACAGCGAACAGUCCACUGAGAAAAGGAAGAAGCGGUACAGUGCCGGGGACAGCUUUGACGGCGUCCCUUCACCUCUCACCCCCAUGGAGCCAGACUCUGACACUUCCUCUGUCUUUUCUGACAAAUCCACUAGCCCAUCAUCUCCGCAGAAAGAAGGCGCGGUGUGCAAGUACUUACACGCAUCUGCCUCCCCCGCUGCGCCUCGGGCUAAACCUGGAAAGUCUUCCAGCACCAGCGCACACAGAGAAGGAGAGAAAGUGCUUUCCAAGCCACCCAUCUACAGAAGACCAACCACGUCACCUAAACCUAGUGGAGCCGUCCCCACCCCUCCCCCAUCGCCGCUGCCUAAGGAGGUCCAUGGGCCCCCCAUUGAGGCUGUGAUCCAGAGGACAGGGGCUGCAGAGUCGUCCAGGCAAGAGCAGACCGUCAGGAGCGAGGAACACUCAGCGGUGGCCCAGCUUCAUCGCAGCAGCCAAAGCCAGGUCCGAGAGGAGGAGGAGCCGAAGGAGAAGAGAUCCUUCUUCCCCUCCAUCAACAUCCCCUGGAGAGAGAAGACCGACAAGAAGGCGGAGCUCAUCAAGAGAGAAAAACCAUCCCUUCAGAGCAGGCACUCACUGGACAGUUCAAAGGUCCAGGAGAAGGAGACGGGGCCCUUAUGGAUCACACUGGCUCUGCAGAAGCAGAAGGGCUUCAGAGAGCAGCAGCAGAACAGAGAUGAGCGCCGCAGCCACAGGGAGGCCAAACUGGCUGAAAAACAGGCUAAAGACAGAGACAGUGUGACGCUGGUGAGCCCCACAGAAAGCAGAGGAAGCAGCAGCACAAGUCCUUCCUCUAAACCCCAGACCCCAGAAGAGCCUAAGAGACCCGACAGCCUCCUGGGACGGUUUGAGCGGCGAGAACACCUGAAAAAAGCCAACACUUUACCCAGCUCUGUCACAGUUGAGAUUGCAGACUCUACACCGUCGCCCCCUGCUGUCAAGGAGGUGUCAAAGCGCUUCCCCUCCAGUGACUCUCCGCAGGUCUCCACAGAGCCGGCCUGGCUGGCCCUGGCCAAGAGAAAGGCCAAAGCCUGGAGCGACUGUCCUCAGAUCAUAAAAUAACAUCCCACUGGACUCUGGCGUGCAUUGGGACUGCACACUGCCCCCGGACUCUAAAGCACCUGAAGUCACCAUCACCUGCCUCCCCCCCCUUCCAUGAAAACCCUCCUGACUGUGAAACAAGUAUAGUCCUCCAUUACCUCUUAACCCCACACACACUGGCUGGUACUAUUAUCAUGUUAAAGUGCGCUUCACAUUUAAAUACUCCAAAUCGAUCGCACAGAUAUAUGUAGACAAUUGUUGCGCGCAUGCACAUUCUGUAAACAAACACAAAAUAUAUGUGGCAGUCCGGGGGGCAAGAGCCAAUCAAUCACAACUGGCCAUUGCAAUAGCCAACCCCCAUUUUUUUUUUUUUGUAGCCAACUGUGUCACAAUGGUUGUAAAUAAAUCAUUUGCUUGUGAAAAGGUAAACACUUCUUUAGCGGAGAGGUGAAACUCUGACAUAUGACAGUGUUUAAUCAACAGAGGGUAACUGUCUGAAUUGUUUUUAAGGGCUACCAGUAACAAUAAACCGACACAACCCUGUUGGAUCUGCUUUUUGACGUCUGAUGGAAGUGUUACAGUUGUUGGUAUUAUUUAUGUGAAGCAGCAGAUUUAUCUAUGUUGAAACGAUACUGUAUCUUCUCUCUGAGCCUUGUUGGUCAUGUACAAAAGAAGCCUUUCUCUCUCUCUCUUUUUCUACUCAUACUGGAAACCUUAGCAUAACAAUUCACACUGUGUCCGUGAUGACUGUGAUAGCUGUCCAAGAGGCUAUUGUACCAUUUUGCCAUUAUAAAGUAACCUUAAAUCUGUCAUUAUCACACGGUGGGUGCACCUAAACACAGCACUGAAGACCAAAAGUGUUACUGGGCAUUUACAGUGAACUGCACAUGAUCCUCCCCACAGCUGUGUGAUGACGUGGUUUGGAUUUCUUUGCUUUGCUAAUGGAAACAGACACAACACCUGCUUGCUGUAACAUACAAUUCUUGUAGCUGUCCUACCGCAACACACUAGUGUUUGUAGGCUUACGCCAUCACUUCCUCGUAAAUGUGAUAUGAUCUUACACGAUAUUGUAAGCAUCUCCUAAUAUGAAAAAAAAAAAAGAAUCCUCCAGCUUUCUCAUUUCCUAUCACAAACUAAAUGAUCUGUAUGUAUGUAAGUAUGAACUGUACGGAAGUCAAAGGCGUCUCAAGAGCUUCGGUCCGAAAGAGUCACUUUGUCAUUUUGUUUCUAACGGUCGUGGUCGUGCACAAUAGUGUAGUGUACGCAGUGUUAAAUGUAACAAGAAAAAUGUUUGGUAUUAUUUGCACUUUUUUCCCACUUAAGAAAUAUUCAUGAGAAAAUUCCUAAAGAAACACAAAAUGUUAUGAAUAAUGUAAAUUAAA